AAUCGAUUAAAAGAGCUAUAGAUGCUGUGGCUUUUUUCUCUGAACACUUAAAACAAAGAAGGUAGAGAGAAGGAGAGAGAGAUGACUAUGUCCCUUACGCGAAGAUCCAUGCAAAUCUCAUCUCUGCUCUUCUCGCUUUUGCUGCUCUGCUUUUCGGGUUUAGCGAGAGCAAGCGAUCCUGUAAAUUCGAAAUCUGAGAGCAAAUCAAGCUCGGCAGGGAUCAAGGUACUGAUUAUAUGCCUGGGUUUGGUAGCAGUAAUUGGAUUCUGUGUCUUGUUAUUCAAAUUAUGGCAGAAAAAGAAGAGGGAAGAACAACACGCUCGUCUUCUCAAGCUGUUUGAGGAUGACGAUGAGCUUGAGGUUGAAUUAGGUAUUCGCGAUUGAUGUAGCUCAUAAUCCUAAUACGCUCCGUUGAAUGAAUGUGAUUCGGAAUCGGAUUAGGUGCGCUUUGCGUUAAAUUUAGGUCAUUUACAGAAUUAUUGUAAUUAGUGAUAUACAUUUUUUUUUGUAUACUAAUUUGAUUUGUGCUUAUAGUAGUUGAUCCGUUUGUGGAAUUGUUGAAAUUUUGUAUGGAGAUUUUUUGGGGUUUUCCCUAAAUCUUUGAUUUGCAUUCUGUUUUAUAAUUUGGAAUAAGAUUUGAUUUUUUUUGGUU